UACUUGUUUGCCAUAGCAAGCCUGUGCCAGCGUCAUCUUGCCUCGUCGUCCAUGGCAAUUGAAACAUGCUCUCUCACUGGCUUCCUGGUAAAUAAUGACAAAAACCAUACCCGAUUAAUGUAGGGAGGGACCAGCGACAAAGGUCAAUCACAGAUCAACUAUCUUCGAGUGUAUCGCCACUCUAAUAACAGUCUCCGGAGCUAACAAAGCAAGGCAAGGGAACAAACGAUCACAUUUCUUUAUAAAAAGCCAAGCAUAUCGUUUUGGUUUCCCUGGCUCUCUUCUUCCCUUCCAAUUCCUCUUCUUCUAUUCUAAGGAGACGCUUUGGACAUCUCAUGGCUGCUGCUGCUGCCGCUUCCCUUGCCGGAUCCAAUGUCGUCGCCUUCAAAUCCGCUGCUCAUCUCGGCCCCUCCGCUGAUAUCAGAAUUGCUCACUUUCGGCCCUUGUCUCCUGUUUCCCGUGGACUCGGGCGUCGCAUUUCUGUCCGGUCUGGAUCGAGGAGCUCCCUCGCUUCUUCUGGUGUAAGAGCUCAGGUCGCGACUGUUGAAACAGCGAGCGCGGAGGCGGCGCAGAAGGUGGAAUCGCCUGUAGUGGUAGUGACUGGAGCCUCUAGAGGUAUUGGCAAAGCUAUUGCUUUGUCUCUGGGAAAAGCAGGUUGCAAGGUCUUGGUAAAUUAUGCUAGGUCAUCAAAGGAAGCUGAGGAAGUUUCCAAAGAGAUCGAGGCUUAUGGUGGCCAGGCCCUCACUUUUGGGGGUGAUGUCUCAAAAGAGGCUGAUGUGGAAUCAAUGAUGAAAACUGCUGUUGAUGCAUGGGGAACUGUUGAUAUACUGAUAAAUAAUGCAGGAAUUACACGGGAUACUUUGUUGAUGAGAAUGAAGAAAUCUCAGUGGCAGGAGGUUAUUGAUCUGAAUCUCACCGGUGUAUUCCUCUGCACGCAGGCGGCAGCCAAAAUUAUGAUGAAAAAGAGAAAGGGAAGGAUUAUUAACAUAGCAUCAGUUGUUGGUUUGGUUGGCAAUGUUGGGCAAGCCAACUAUAGUGCUGCAAAGGCAGGUGUUAUUGGCCUGACAAAGACUGUUGCAAAAGAAUAUGCAAGCAGAAAUAUUAAUGUAAAUGCUGUUGCCCCAGGAUUCAUUGCAUCUGAUAUGACUUCCAAGCUUGGAGAUGACAUUGAAAAGAAAAUCUUGGAAACAAUACCCUUGGGACGUUAUGGCCAACCAGAAGAGGUUGCUGGACUAGUGGAAUUCCUGGCUCUUAACCCCGCUUCCAGUUACAUCACUGGACAGGUGUUCACUAUCGAUGGAGGAAUGGUGAUGUAAGUGACAUGCCAUGUCUGGCUAAACCGUGAAAUCUCUGCACUUUGAAGUUCAUACAGGUGGUUUUGGAACCGCGUUUCAAGUUAGGGUAUGAUUAGCUUGGGCAGGACAGUUUGUGGCAUAAUAUAACCGUGUAAUAAAUGAGCACUCCCGACAAGUUUUGAUAGGAUCAACCAUGAAACGGAAAAAUAGAGAACGUGUAUCAGUUUUCCUAGGCAUUGGCUGGCACAUGGAAGUGUAAUUGCUUUGGUAUGAGUACAGAAUGUGGCGUUUAUCAGCGUUUGUUAAAAGAUAAACCAGUGAACAUGAUUCGUUUUUUUAGGCUAUUUCAGAGAAUGAAAGCCUCAGUCUAA